UCUACUCUCUUAUACGUACACAAACACAACAUUAACAUACAUAGGGAUAUGGUUAUACACAUUUACCUGUUACUCUGUUGUAUGUGUACGUAUGGUAUUCGGGUUUCGGUACUGUAGGAGAAGCAACAAAAACUGUUAGCCUGAUUAGCCACAUGUUAUGAAAACUUGGUUUUGAUCACAUCAUCUACUACUUUUGAAGCUCUUUUCUCAAGUUGAAUUGGAUAAUUUUGGAUGAAGCAUAGUAUCAAGGUUGGCACCUCAAAGGAGAUGAAUCAAAAGGUUUUGGAGGCUCUUCAAGAAAAAGGAGUUGCUGAGACAAUGAUGACUCAGAAAGGUUAUGCCAGUGCCAGGGAACACUUACUCAGAGCAAAAGAGCUUUCACCUGGGAUUGAUAAUAUUGAGUCGAUGUUGACUGUGUGUGAUAUACUAUCUGCUGCUAGUGUUAAGUUUCCUGCUUAUGGAAUCGAUUACUACUGGAUCCUUCAGCUUACACCACAAUCUGCUCAGUCUGUUAUAGGAAAGCGUCACCAGAAGCUUGUUUCCAUGUUGCAACCUAUCGUGAGAACUUUCCCUGGAGCAGAGUUGGCUCUGAAACACAUACAAGAUGCAUUUCUCACGCUUUCAAAUAAUGAGACACGUUCUAAAUAUGAUUUGAAAAGGGGUACAGUAUGUGAAGACUGUUGAUCUUUCAAGUUCCAAGCACCAUGUAGUCAAAGUAUCUCAGAUAGUGAAACGAUGAGUACUACUCAAACCUUCUCAAUGGAUUCUCACAGGAAUUAUAUAGAAGGCAGUAAGAAAACAGCAGAAACACUUUUAACAGCUGUUGGAAAUUCUAUGGAGAAACAGUUGUCUUCAACAACUUUUGAAGACAAUGAGAAGCAAAAUGGUAAGAUAGGUAUGUCUUCAGAUGGCAUAAGUUUGUCAACAAACUCCCCGUCUACCAUUUUGGAGGGGAUUGUAACUUGCCAGGACUAUUAUAACUUUGAGGAUGACAGGAAACUAGACUAUCUUGAAGCUGGUCAAAUCUGGGCAAGUCAUUAUAGAGCAAAGUUGCAGCACAAUUACCGGUAUGCUCAAAUCACUAUAAAUUCAAGAUCAGAAGUUUGUGUUACCUGGUUGAAACCAAUCCCUACUAGUCCUAGUGAGAGAAGAUGGUGUGAUAAAGGCCUCCCUGUUGCUUGUGGAUCUUUUGAAUUGGUUCCAGAGACGGAGGAGGAGGUAAGUUGGCAAAUUAUUUCAGCCUAUAAAUGCUCCUGGACUCAAGGUAUAAUAGAGGAUCAAUUUGAAAUCUAUCCCAGAAAAGGUGAAAUUUGGGCACUAUACAAGGAUUGGGACCUUGAUGAUUGGUCCUAUGAUCCUGAUGCUGUGGAAGGAUGUAGAUUUGAGCUAGUUGAGGUCAUAUCAGAGUUUUCAAAAUAUUCAGGUGCAGAUGCUGUGUGUUUGGUUAAGGUCAAUGGUUUCAAAAAUGUGUUCAAGAGGCAAAUAAUGGGAGGAAAUCCCAUCACUUUCCAUAUCUCCCCAAGUAAUAUUUACAUGUUCUCACAUAAUGUUCCAGCAUAUAGGUUCAGAGGUGGAGAGAUUGAUAAUAUUGCUGAUGGGAUGUUCGAGCUAGACCAGAUGGCCUUGCCAGAUUACAUGAUUCAAGACAUGGAUAGCCAACAAUCACCAAAUGAGAAUAGAAGCCUUCUACCUAGACCAACUUCUUUCUCGAAUCUAAAUCCAGAGAAAAAAAAUUUAAAGCCGGGUUCAACACAGAAACGUUUGGCAACAGGACAGGUAUGGGCUGUAUACUGUGGAAAGGAUCUAAUGCCUAGGCAAUAUAUCAGAAUAAAUGGUAUAAUUUCAGAGAGCCAGGUUUGUGGAACAGAGUUAGAACCUCGACCGAUCCUUGAUCAUGAGAUCCACUGGCAGAAAGAAAACCUUCCUAUGGCUUGUGGAGUAUUUAAAGUCAGUGGAACUAGUGUCAACCUUGACAUGUCAACGUUCUCCUACUUAGUCCAGUGCCAACAAAGCACAUGCGAGUCAUUCUAUUGGAUUUACCCGCAAAAAGGUGAAAUAUGGGCUAUGUAUAAAAACUGGAAUGCCAAGUGGAAUCGCUCUAACUAUGAAAACAACCAGUGUCAAAUUGUACAGGUUUUAUCAGGUUUUGAAGAAGAUGGAUCAAAAGUUGCUAGGCUGGGAGAAGUGAAGGGUUACUUAACUUUCUUCCGCAGGAUACAAUAUGAUGGGUUUGAUCUCACCCAUGCAGUUCGUAAGGAAGAGAAACUUAGUUUCUCACAUCGAGUUCCAGCCUUCAGGGUGCCCGGAAUUGGGAAGUAUGGCAUACCUGAAGACUCUUGGCACUUGGAACCAGAUGCUUUACCUCCCAAGCGUGGAAUGUAAUUUCUGCAUACAACUGUAGCUGAACUGCAAGCUAGGGUCUAUGAACUGGUCCGAUCACAAUAAUUUUAGGGCACAUGAAAGGGAAAAAAUGACAGCCUUUUUAUGAUGUCU